AUCGCGCGGGUAAUACCAUCUUCCUACAUCAUUCUCCCCACGUCCUUCCAAUUCUCUCUGACUCCCCUUCCCUCCAACAACAACAACAACAACAAUACACAACUUCUUCAACUUCAACCUCAACCUCAUUCAUCUAUUUUCUUACAUCAACAAUAAUUCACCUCCCAAAACGCUCAACAAAUUCACCUCUUUCAUCAUACUUCCGUUUCUGGUAUAACCUGCAUUCCGUUAUCAUCAUUUUUCAUCAACAAUAACCCAUCCCCUGCUGCCAAAUUUGUUGCGCCAAUCAUCAUUUCAAACGUAAAUGGUGCAUAUUAAUAGUUCAAAGAAAAUUUGAAGUUCAAUUAGAUGAAUAGGAGAUUACGCUUUUUUGUUGAAGAGAAAUGACAAAACCUGCGUAUGUUGUUGUUUAUGCCAUUCUUAUUUGCGCUAUGGCCAAUGGGGGUUCAGAGGGGAUACGAUGGAAACAUGACGAUUUUUAUAAAGAUCAUGUUGGAGAAAAGGCAGAGCAGGUGUGGCGACAUUGUAGACAAGAAAUGAUUGAGAGGAGUUAUGGUAUCAAAGAAUUUGACUUGCGUUUAUCAGAUGAGACGAGGAGAAAGAGAUCUAAAUUUGUACCUCCCCAUAUGAAACAACACUUUUUGGAUUGCUUAAGAAACAGAAAUUAUCCUAUUCCUGUAUCGGAAGAGGAGGGACAUUUGUUGAAGAAGCAUUAUGAGUCACUCUUUGGUUUAGCAGAUGGACAUAGAUAUUUACUUUCAGAGUCAUCGAUUAAUCAGACACCACCGAGCCCUGAUUCCGUUCCAUCAUCUCCAAAACUGAAAAGUCAUGUUGCAGCACAAACCACUUUUUCACCUUCAACUCCCGAGUUUUCGUUUCAUGAUUUGCCACUCCCUCCGAACGUGUUUGUGCCAUUUUUACCAUCACCUCCUCCUCCUCCUCGUCCUCCUCCUCCUCCUCCUCCUUCUCCUCUUUCUACUUUUAAUCAGAAAGAAAUUAGUGUUGCUGUAGUUGCAUCAGGAAUUAUAAUCUUAAUAGGCUUGUUCUUAUGCUGCCGCGAGGUGAGGAAGAGAAAAAAAGUUGACAAAGAUAUCAGGCCUUUACUCAUAUUAACCUCAAGCGACAUGUCUAGUGGUAGUUCACAAAAGUCUAUGACUUUCGAAAAUAAUGAUUUGAAAGAAUAUGGUAUUAACUACGGAAUGAGUCCUCCUACUGUUAGGAAGUCGUUCAAUAAGCAUGAAGACAACAAUGCCUCAUUGGCUGAGAUAACACCAUCGGAUAACAAAGAACAAAUACCAGUAUCUCCAUUAAAACACCCUUCGCCAUUAAAACACCCUUCAGUAAGAUCAGCCCCUGAGGCUUCACCGUCACCGCCGCCUCCACCACCUGCUCUUGCACCUCGCCCUCCACCUCCUCCAAGAAUGAUUCGGCCUCCACCUCCUCCUCCCAAACAAAUGGAAGGUCAAAACUUUAAAUCACCUCUAGGACCACCUCGUGCUAGUGACGAUGAUGAGUCUGAUGCUCCAAAACCGAAAUUAAAGCCAUUUUUCUGGGAUAAGGUUGUAGCAAAUCCUGAUCAAGCCAUGGUCUGGCAUGAGAUCAGAGCAGGGUCAUUCCAGUUCAGUGAAGAAAAGAUAGAGUCUCUAUUUGGCUGGGCCAACCAGAACAAAAAUGAGAGAAAAAAAGAUUCUCCAUCUUUAGAACAUUCGGUCCAGUACAUUCAGAUUAUUGACCCCAAGAAAGCACAGAAUUUAUCAAUUCUUUUACGUGCUUUGAAUGUGAGCACAAAAGAAGUUAUUGACGCCGUUAAAGAAGGUAAUCAGAUUCCCGUUGAGCUCAUCCAAACAGUAUUGAAGAUGGCGCCAACAACAGAUGAGGAAUUGAAGCUAAGGUUAUUCACGGGCGACGUUUCUCGACUUGGCUCUGCAGAGAGGUUUCUCAAGGCCUUGGUUGAUAUUCCACUGGCUUUCAAACGUCUUGAGGCACUACGGUUCAUGUUUACACUUCCGGAAGAAGCUUCAAACAUUAGGGAAUGCUUUACAACAUUAGAGGUUUCUUGCAACAAACUAAGGAAAAGCAGGGUUUUCCAAAAGCUAUUAGAAGCAGUUCUAAAGACUGGAAAUCGCUUGAACAAUGGAACCUAUCGUGGUGAUGCUCAAGCAUUUAAGCUUGACACACUUUUGAAACUUGCAGAUGUAAAAGGAACAGACGGGAAGACCACACUGUUACACUUUGUGGUUCAUGAGAUCAUUCGUUCAGAGGGCUUAAGAGCUGUAAGAACAGAAAAAUCAAGCCAAAGCCAUUCUAGUAUGAAAGCCGAGGAUUUCAUUGGUGAAUCAAAUGGGGCAUCAGAAGAGCACUAUCGCUACCUUGGCCUUCAAGUUGUUUCAGGUCUAAGCACUGAACUAGAAGAUGUGAAAAAGGCAGCAGUGAUAGAUGGUGAUGCUCUAACAUCUACAGUGUUGAGACUUUAUAAUAUGUUGGUAAAAUCUGAAGAAUUGUUGAAUACGGAUCUGAAGAAUCUAGAAGAAGAUAGCGAGUUUCAUCGUACCCUUGCAAAUUUUGUGGAGAAGGCAAGAGAGGAAGUGAUAUGGUUAAUAGGGGAAGAGAAGAGAAUAACGACCGGGGUUAAGAGUACUGCAGAUUAUUUUCAGGGGAAUACCGGAAAAGAAGAAGGGUUGCGUUUGUUUGUGAUUGUACGUGAUUUCUUGGUAAUGUUGAACAAGGUGUGCAAAGAGGUACAAGCAUCGACAACGAAGACAGUAGCUGCGAAAGGUUCUCCUACUAGCAAGAAAGAGGCUCCUUCAUCCUCUCCAGAUUCUAAUCAACGAUCACUCUCUGAUAUGCAUAGGAUACUAUUUCCAGCCAUAUCAGAGAGGAGAAUACAUGACUCUAGUUCCUCGUCGUCCUCCUCCUCCGAUGACGAUGAUGAUGAGAUGUUACCAACAUAGCUUUAUGAAGUUAUGCAAGUGAGUUUGACUUGUCAAUGUGUUCUCUACUUCAUCAUAUGGCAGAUUUUACCACCUUUAAAGUCAAGGUGAAUCAGAGGGCUGGGUCCCAAACUUUGCCGAAAUGUAUGUCUUAUACUGCUAUGGAAGGGACGUGUACUCUUUCUUUGUGACUAGUGGUGAGCAAUGGAGAUUACUGGAAGUCAACUAUAUGGCCCUUCUCAUCAAAAUGCGAACCAGGGAGGUUCUCUUAUCAACCCCAAAAAAGGGGUUGUUAGGACUUAAGACAGGAGAGAUUGAUUUUGUUGUUUCUAUUCUCCUCCAUUAAUUUGACCGGUGUUGUUUUGGAUCCGAGUUAAUGGCGAAAUCGUGAAGUCAAUGGAAUGCAUAACAGUAGAUGAGGUAGUUUUCUUUCCCCAACAUUCCUCUCUAUUUAGUCAUUAGUUUGGAGGGAAAAAUCUUGAUACCUUCGUUUACUUCGAAAGGGUAUAUGAUAGAUGUUAUGACUUAUGAGCUGUUACUUGUUACUCAAGGAAAGGUUAUAUUUUAAACUAUUGGUGAUCAAUGUUAGUGACAUCUCUACAAUUAGU